AUGCCGCGACAGCGCACCCCGAAGGAGGAGGAGACGGAGUUGCUGACCAAGGAAGAGAGAUCCGCGCGCAGCUCAGAAGAUGGCUCCGAAGCUUCCGUAUCCUCGAUCUCGACCACGUCGCUCGUUCUCGAACAUAUCAACGAUCCAAGCAUCAACCGCGCGUUGCAUUCGAAUCGUGGGGAGAAGUACACAGAUGAUGACGACUACGCAAGCCAGGCGCGCGAGCCGUUCGACGUCGAGGAUGGGCGAUACCAGGCCCCUCUUUCCGUAGACAAGAAGGCAAGAAGGUGGUUGUGGAUUGUAGGAACAGCCUGUGUAGCAGGAUGGGCACUUGCGCUCGUCUUCUUCUUGAUGAGCGGUAGCUACAAGCAUACUUCGUCACGGCCACACGACCCUCUCGCUACCUCUACCAAGGGCUCUGGGAAGAAGAUUACAAUGGACGACGUCUUUGGAGGCCGCUUCUAUCCCCAACAACAAAGCGUCGCGUGGAUAUCAGGACCACAGGGAGAGGAUGGCCUGCUGCUUGAGAAGGGCUCUGGGGACGAGGAAUACCUGGUGGUCGAGGAUAUCAGGACCAAGGGCGAAGCAAAGUCUUCUGCGGGCAAGACCACGCUCAUGAAGAAGAACACGUUCGAGGUGGAUGGCACAUACGUCUAUCCCAGUGACGUUUGGCCAAGUAAGGACUUCAAGAAGGUGCUUGUCAUGUCGAAUUACCAGAAGAAUUGGCGACACUCCGGUAUUGCGAAAUACUGGAUCUUUGACGUCGAGACACAGACUGGCGAGCCUCUUGACCCUGAGCAGCCAGGGAGCAUGAUACAGCUGGCUUCGAUGUCACCACAGUCGGAUGCGGUUGUCUUCACAAGGGACAACAACAUGUUCCUCCGCAAGUUGAACUCCAAGGAAGUUAUUCAAAUCACAAAAGACGGCGGCUCUGAGCUAUUCUACGGCGUGCCUGACUGGGUAUACGAGGAGGAGGUCUUUCAAGGAAACAGCGCGACUUGGUGGUCCGAGGAUGGUCAGUACAUUGCUUUCUUGCGCACCGACGAGUCUACCGUGCCAACUUACCCCGUUCAAUAUUUUGUCUCGCGGCCAAGCGGAGAAAAGCCUAAGGCGGGCGAGGAGAACUACCCCGAGGUUCGCGACAUCAAGUACCCCAAGGCCGGCGCACCUAAUCCUAUCGUGUCGCUACAAUUCUACGACGUCGAAAAGGGCGAAGUGUUCAGUGUCGAUAUCGAGGACGACUUCAGCGACAAGAACCGUUUGAUCACCGAGAUCAUCUGGGCUGGGAAGACGAAGCAAGUUCUUGUUCGUGAGACCAAUCGCGAGAGUGACAUCCUGAAGCUCGUUCUGAUGGACGUCGAAAAGCGCACCGGCAAGACAGUAAGAACCGAGAAUGUCGCAGAGUUGGACGGAGGCUGGUUUGAAGUCUCUCAGAAGACGACAUUCGUACCAGCUGAUCCCGACAACGGACGCAAGGAUGAUGGCUAUAUCGACACAAUCAUUCACGAGGGUUAUGACCAUAUUGGGUACUUCUCACCUUUGGACAGCGACAAACCUGUGUUGCUUACACAGGGCGAGUGGGAGGUUGCGGAUGCACCUUCCCGGGUAGACCUCACAAAUAACCUUGUGUAUUACCUCUCCACUGAGAAGAGUUCAAUGGAACGACACGCUUACUCUGUAUAUUUGAACGGUACUGGAAAGAGCGAAGUCUUGAAGGAUGGGGGCUCAGGGUAUUAUGGAGCAUCCUUUUCAGCGGGUGGCUCUUAUGCCCUGAUUUCCUACAAAGGUCCCGGUAUCCCGUGGCAAAAGAUUAUCAGUACGCCAUCGAACAAGGACAAGUACGAGAAAGUCAUUGAGGAGAACAAGUCUCUCGAUCGCUUCGUACGGUCACUCGAGAUGCCCAUCCUCAACUAUCAGGCGAUCACCGUGGACGGAUUUGAACUGAAUGUCCUUGAGCGUCGUCCUCCGCACUUCAACCCUAAGAAGAAAUAUCCUGUCCUCUUCUACCAGUACAGCGGUCCGGGUUCACAAGAAGUCGAUAAGAAGUUCAAGGUCGAUUUUCAAUCUUACAUUGCCGCUAGUCUUGGCUACAUUGUUGUGACAGUGGACGGACGAGGUACAGGCUUUCUUGGUCGCAAGCUCCGAUGCAUCACGAGAGGCAAUAUUGGUUACUACGAGGCGCACGAUCAGAUCGCUGCAGCCAAGAUUUGGGCUAGCAAGAAGUACGUCGAUGCUGAUCGACUUGCGAUCUGGGGCUGGAGUUACGGAGGAUUCAACACACUGAAGACGCUCGAGCAGGACGGGGGAGAGACAUUCAAGUACGGAAUGGCCGUUGCUCCUGUGACUGAUUGGCGAUACUACGAUUCCAUCUACACGGAGCGUUACAUGCACACACCACAAAACAACGCUGAAGGAUACGACAACUCUACCAUCACCGAUGUCACGUCCCUGGCGAAGAACGUCCGCUUUUUGGUCAUGCACGGCGUCGCCGAUGACAACGUGCACAUGCAGAACACACUUACUCUGCUCGACCGACUGGAUCUUGCAGGUAUCGAGAACUACGACGUCCAUGUAUUCCCGGAUUCGGAUCAUAGCAUCUACUUUCACAACGCGAACCGAAUCGUCUAUGACAAACUCAAGUGGUGGCUUGUGAAUGCUUUCAACGGCGAGUGGUCGCGGAUUACAAAUGCAGUGCCCAAGACACAAGACGAUGCACGGUCAAUAACACGGUAG